AUGGAUCAUAUUGAUCACGAGAUUAAUAUUGAAAAAGUCGUUUCUAUACAAGAAAAGUUGCACGAAGGUGAUUUUUCCGACGAAAUUUCAAAGAGACGGAAUAAAAUAAUACAAAGCUCUGUUAGCACUUCAUCCUCAAAAAAAAAUCCUGUGUGGCUAGAAUUCCAUGGUGUAAAUUAUUCGAUACUUAAAAAGAAACAAUCAAAUAGUGAAUCUUGGUGGAAUAAAUUUACAAAUUUAUUUUCAAGAAAAGAUAAACAAUUAGAUGUUGAAAUUGGAAAAAUUGAUAAUAAAAAAUUUAUUCAAAUCAUUCAAAAUAUUCAUGGUUGUGCUAAUCCUGGCGAAAUUCUUGCAAUAAUGGGUCCUUCAGGGUGCGGAAAGACGACUUUAUUAAACAUUUUGGGUAAUCGUGUGGGAAAGCAAGGAGUUUCUGGAACGAUAAACUUAAAUGGUAAUAGAAUUAUUAAAGAAACAAAAAGAUUUGUGGCUUAUUGUUCUCAAAAUGACAUUUUUUUCCCACAAUUGACUGUUAGAGAAACUCUUUCCUUUACGGCUCGACUACGUCUUCCACGUGAAAUGUCCAGAAGUGAAAAAUUAAAACAGGUGGAAAACACUAUUCAAUUGUUGAAUUUAUCUAAAUGUGCAGAUACAAAAAUUGGUGAUAAUAGGGUUAGAGGAGUAUCUGGUGGUGAGAAAAAACGUGUUAGCAUCGCCUGUGAACUAUUAACUGAUCCAAAUUCAUCACUUGCUCUAGAAUUAGGUAAUAUUUUGAAAGGAUUCGCGAAAGAACAACACAAAACAAUCGUGAUGGUAAUUCAUCAACCAUCAUCACAAGUAUUUGAAUUAUUCGACAAGCUACUCCUUAUGGCUGAUGGUCACGUGGUAUACUAUGGUGAAAGAGCAGAUUUGGUGGAUUAUUUGACUACUCAAGGGUACAAAUGUCAUCCUAAUUUUAAUCCUGCUGAUUAUAUAUUGGAACUUUUAAAUGAUCCAAAGUCCAAACAAAAAUUAAUCCAGGCUUAUAUGCGUCAUUUGGAAUCUGAUAUCACGGGUGAAAAAGUUGUCCAUAAAUAUUCGAAUCGAAUUCGUGAUAUCCCAUCAAUAAUACUAACAGAUGAAACUGAUGAUAUAAUACAAUCUGGCCCAUUAAAGAUUAAACAUAAAUGGGAGGCAACCUUUUUACAACAAUUUAUUAUUCUCACCGAAAGAUCAUUUAAACAACGUAGUAAAGUUAUAUUAUCAAAGUUAGAUUUAAUACAAACAUUUAGUUUAGCAUUUUUUUGUUGUUUGGUUUGGUUUCAAUUACCCUACGACGAAAAAGAUAUUGUGGAUCGGUAUGGAUCAAUCUUUUUUACAUGCACUUUUUGGUCAUUCCAUCCCAUGAUAAACACAAUAACAUCAUUUCCAUUAGACUUGGAAGUUUUGAAGAAAGAGCGUCAGUCACGUUCCUACCGAUUAUUAGCUUACUUUUUGUCAAAACAAUCGGCUGAAUUAAUUCUUGCCAUUAUUCAUCCGAUAUUUUACGUGACCAUUGUAUAUUGGGUUAGUGGAUUAAUACCAAAUGGUUCGAUAAUAGUUUCAAGUUUGAUAGCUCAAAGUUUUGGAUAUCUUUUUGGUGCAGCAUUUUUGAAUGUGCAAAAGGCUUUAAUAAUUGCAACGGUAUUUAUGCUCACAACAAUGUUGUUAGGUGGAUUUUAUGUUCAAAGUUUACCAGAAGGAUUAUCUUGGAUGAAAUACUUGUCAUUUUCAUAUUAUGGAUACUCGUUAUUGAUGCAUAUUCAAUUCACGUCGCCGUUAGCAAGAUUUAAAUGUAACAUUGUAGGACCAGCAAGUUCUUAUUUAGAAUGUCUUCACGCUGAUGAUGUUAAUGAUAAAUACGUAUCAGGAAAUUCAGUAAUAGAAUUAUUAGGAUUGAAUACAUUAAAGUGGUACGAACAUUUAAUGGCUAUGUUUGGAUUUAUUAUCAUAAUUAGAAUCGAAUUUGAUCGUAUUGAAGUAAAAUUACAACUUCUAUAUUUUUUACGAUCUAACAAUAAAAAAAAUUUGGAUAAUCAUGCGAUUUCUUUUUUGCUUUCUAUUUUACGAAAUGCGAUGGAAAAACAAAGAAACGAUCUUUCUUCUAACAUGAUGAAAGGGAUAGCUGUGUGUCAGGGAGAUGGAAAAAAAACGGAUUCUUAUAAAGUCGUACUACCAUUUAAUAUUAAUGAUCACACUUAUUAUUAUGGUCAUAGUACUGAUACAAAUCAUUGGUAUAUACAAGAAUUAUUGGAGAAUGAUGGUAUAAUGGAAGAAGAAACUUCCAGAGGAAAUUUAAAAAGUAGUUUUCACGAUUUAACCCCUUUUCAAAUUUUCGAUAGACCUAAAACUACUAAUGGUACUUGGACAAAUUCUUAUCCUAUGGUAUUCUCGGCAAAUGUUAAAAAUAAACCUUAUAUCUUUGCUCCAUGUUAUAUAUCAAAAAGGAUGAAUUGA